AUGGCAACACCCUGGGCUUCAUCGGAUGCUGCAGUUGGUGCCAGAUUUUGCGUCCCGCAUCAAUUUGCCGCCCUCUCACAGGGCAGGUACCGUCCCCGUUUAUGGGUGAAUCGAGCAUCCUUCCCUCGUAAUGAGGUGACAGCGACCCUACUAGGGCGCGCUACUCGGAUUGACCAGUGGACUUUCUUCAACAAGAAAAUCGAAGCCUUCAAGGCCCAGUCGAACGAUGGAAGCACUCCUUCAACCCCCGUCAAGAAGGCGACCCGUGGUCGGAAGCGAGUCCCCAAGGCCAAGAAGGGCGGUCCCGAUGAAGAACCAGCCGCUCAGGUCAUGGGAAACCAAAUGCCCUACCAGGGCGCGCUCCCAACCCCACGCCUGAUGCCACUGAGCGAGCCCCUGAAGGACAGGUCGUUGUCGCCUCUCAGCAAGUCCCCGAGGACCAGCUUGUCGUUGCUGCUCAGCAGCAUGUAUAUCAACCGGCCAUGCCCCCUAUGGGUUAUAUGCCGAUGCUGGCCCCAGCCAUGGCUCCCGUCGCAGCUCCUGGUGGCUUUACCUAUAUGGACAUACCUCAGCAUCCUCAUCUACAGUUCAAUGAGCCUAUGCAGAUGUACCCAGGCCCAUCUCACCAUGGGUAUGCAGGCCCAGGGCCAUCCUGCCCGCUCCGGCGUGACAGCGUAUUGGGGUUGCCUGUGUAGAUGGUCGGACGAAGAGGAGGCCAAUGAGACACAAGCCUCUUUGCUAGUUUCCUGA